AUCUGAAUAACCAAUAUUCAGAAAGAACAACACUAAACAUGCAUAAACUUCCAACUAUUGACUUCACCAACAAGAGAAACUUGAAACCGGGUUCGAGUUCAUGGCUCGCCACGUCCAUCGAAGCUACUCGUGCCCUCGAGGAAUAUGGAUGUUUCAUAGCAGAAUAUGAUAACGUACCUCUCGACCUCAAUGGUGCAGUCUUCCAAGCGUUACAAGACUUGUUUCGUCUCCCAAUCGAAACCAAAGUUCAAAACAAGUCCACAAAGCCCUUGUAUGGCUACGUCGGUCAGAUCCCCUUCAUUCCUCUCUACGAAAGCUUGGGCUUCGAUUACUCCAACACCCUUGAUGGAGUUCAAAGUUUCACUGAUAUCAUGUGGCCUAAUGGAAACGAAGCUUUCAGUGCAACUCUGCUAGCAUACAACAGACUUGUGGCAGAGUUGGAAGAAAUGGUGACAAGAAUGGUGUUUGAAAGCUAUGGUGUGGAAAAGAAGUUGGAUGCUCAUAGGAAAAUGGUGACAUACCUUUGUAGAGGGAUGAAGUAUAGAGGACCAGAGAAGAAUGAAACCAAUAUGGGUUUUGUUGCUCAUACUGAUAAAGAUUUCAUCACUGUUCUGCAUCAAAACGGAGUCGACGGUUUGGAGGUCAAAGCCAGGGACGGUCAAUGGUUCGCCGUCGAGCUCUUGCCUGCAUCGUAUAUAGUCAUGUCAGGUGACGCAGCCAUGGCUUGGAGUAACGACAGAUUGCAUUCUCCUUAUCACCGUGUUACUAUGAAUGGAAACGAAACCAGAUAUUCUAUAGCGCAGUUUUCGUUUCUGGAAGGGAUAAUAGAAACACCCGAAGAGUUGGUUGAUGAAGAACACCCUUUGCAGUUUAAGCCAUUUGAUCAUCUUAAAUAUCUAGAUUUCUACAGCAGGGAGGAAAACCGGACACUUGAAAGUGCGAUAAGAACGUAUUGUGGAGUGUGAGACUUGCAAAGACACGUUUAAUCCUAUUCGUAUUGAUAUCGAUGUCUAAAAGUCUAUAAACAAAUAGUGUUGUAGUACCUUCUUAUUCAUGUAUGAAUAAUGUAAACAGCAUUAAGGACUAAUGGUUCCUUAAUGCAGGUGAUACUUUGUGUAAGUCUCUAUUUACUUCUAUGAUAAUGAAAACUGCAUGUUUGUGAA